UUCAAACGGCUUCACACGUGGUUUAAUCCCAAAUUUAAUUGACUAAGUUUCCGAAUCGUCGCUCGGAAAGCACCAAAAACCCAUCUUUUGGAAUCUAGCUCCUGUGUCUUUAGUGCCCCAAGUGCCCCACUAAUGGCAAUCUGCGGUCUUGGCUCUUCUACGUCGUCUCCAGCCCCUUUCGGACGGAGAACAAUACAACGAAAGGUCGUCAUUGUUGGCGAUGGUGCUUGUGGAAAAACGAGUCUGCUAAAUGUCUUCCUGAAUGGUUUCUUUCCCCAAGUCUAUGAACCGACCAUUUUCGAGAAUCAUGCGCAUGAUGUUCAUGUUGAUGAUCAAACGGUUGAGUUAGCGCUUUGGGAUACUGCAGGUCAAGAGGAUUUCGAUCGGUAUGGAAAAUCCAUCAAGGUAUUUCGCUCUGAUAAAUAUGUUUAUUACAGCCUGCGAUCCCUAAGUUACCCUGACUCGCAUGUUGUCAUGAUAUGUUUCUCCGUCGACAAUCCGAUAUCCCUCGAAAACGUUGAAACCAGAUGGAUAGAAGACGUGCUGGAGCAUUGCCCAGGGGUCAAGAUCGUUUUAGUGGCACUAAAAUGCGACCUUAGAGACGAUCAUAAUGUUCAGCAGAAGUUAGCUCGGAGAGGGAUGCACCCAUGCGGGUACGAAGAAGGAUUAGCGAUCGCACGCCGAAUACGAGCCAGUCGAUACAUGGAGUGUUCGGCGAAACACAACCGAGGUGUCAGAGAAGUGUUUUUCGAGGUCGCGCGGGUUUCCAUCAACGCCAAGCCAUCGAGUUGGGAUAGACGAGGGACUUUCGCAUCCCGCGAAAAACACGAUGGUUGUCUUGUAAUGUGAUUCACUAUGGUGUUUGAUUCCCUUUUUUUCAGUCCGUUUUGGGUAACAGGUUUUUCAUAUCAUGCCCUAUUCUCCUUGGCCUAGUAAUGGGGCUAAUGAAGCAGUGCAUGCACCACCAGAUAAUCUCUCGCUGCACUAUCUCAGAUGAUACCUUGAUAUGAUCAGAAGAUCGAAGUCUGGUCUGUAUUUGCUAAUGACCCGACUAUGGUACAAUAAUAAUAGAUCGUUCCUUGCCAUGUCGAUCACAUGGGCUCGAUAUCC